GCUGCUCACGCCGGGCCCAGCCAUGGCGCGGCCGGGGCCCCGCGAGGUGCACACGACCCAGGCCAUCCAGCCGGCGCACGCCAACUCCCGCGGCGAGCUCAGCGCGGGGCAGCUGCUCAAGUGGAUCGACGCCACCGCCUGCCUGGCAGCUGAGAAACAUGCUGGGGUUUCCUGUGUUACAGCCUCAGUGGAUGACAUACAAUUUGAGGAGACAGCUAGAGUUGGACAAGUUAUAACCAUCAAAGCAAAAGUUACUAGAGCAUUCAGCACAAGCAUGGAGAUCAGCAUCAAGGUCACUGUACAGGACAUGCUCACUGGCACAGAGAAGCUUCUUAGUGUGGCCUUCUGUACAUUUGUAGCCAAGUCAGUUGGGAAUGAAAAGAUUCAUUUAAAACCAGUCACACUUCUAACUGAACAAGACCAUGUAGAACAUAAUCUGGCUUCUGAGAGGAGAAAAGUUCGAUUACAACAUGAAGAUACCCUUAAAAACCUGAUGAAAGAAAAUAGCAAGUAUGAUGAUCUCAGCUGUGGCGAAGAGGAGGGCGCAGUCUCCACCAGGGGCACCUUUGUUCAGAGCAUUGAACUUGUCCUCCCACCCCACGCAAACCAUCAUGGAAAUACAUUUGGUGGCCAGAUUAUGGCUUGGAUGGAGACGGUGGCUACUAUUUCUGCAAGCCGCCUCUGUCGAGCACAUCCGCUUCUGAAGUCUGUGGACAUGUUUAAGUUCCGAGGACCAUCUACCGUCGGAGAUCGUCUUGUCUUCAAUGCCAUUGUCAACAAUACAUUUCAGACCUGUGUCGAAGUGGGAGUGAGCGUGGAGGCCUUUGACUGCCAGGAGUGGUCCGAGGGCCAGGGCCGUCACAUCAACAGUGCUUUUCUCAUUUACAAUGCUGUGGACGAUAAGGAAGAACCGAUCACAUUUCCCAGAAUCAAGCCCGUGUCAAAGGAUGAUUUCAGACGGUAUCAUGGAGCUAUUGCACGCAAGAGAAUUCGCCUAGGCAGAAAAUAUGUUAUUUCUCACAAAGAAGAGGUUCCACUUUGCGUACACUGGGACAUUAGCAACCAGGAAUCCUUGAGUAAUGGCAACGUGGAAGAUUUCAAAAAACUGGCAGCCAAAAGUGGCUGGGAGGUUACCAGUGCUCUGGAAAAGAUAAAAAUACAUACUCUGGAAGAACAUGAUCUUUUAUCUGUUUGGGUUGAAAAGCAAGUGGAAAAACCGGCACACUUGGCUUAUCAUCUCUUAUCUGACUUUACCAAGCGACCUUUGUGGGACCCCCAUUAUGUGUCCUGUGAAGUCAUAGACUGGGUGAGUGCAGACGAUCAGAUCUGUUACAUCACUUGUCCUGUAGCGAAUGGUGACAAACCCAAAGACUUGGUUGUACUCGUAUCACGAAGAAGGCCUCUUAAAAAUAGUAACACUUACAUGGUGGCAGUGAAGUCCGUCGUCCUGCCGUCUGUCCCACCUUCUCCGCAGUACAUCAGAAGUGAAAUCACAUGUGCUGGGUUUCUCAUCCAUGCUACUGACAGCAGUUCCUGCACUGUGUCUUAUUUUAACCAGAUUUCUGCUAGCAUCUUGCCUUAUUUUGCUGGAAAUCUUGGUGGCUGGUCAAAAUCCAUUGAAGAGACAGCACUUUCCUGUAUACGAUUCAUAGAGAAUGCCACUGAUGAUGGGUCAGUAAGCAUGUUUUAAAUGGUAAACUGCAUAUUUUAACUGGUAAACUUUCAGUCCUCUGUAACUGAUUUCCCACUUUUAAUUCUAAGUGCCCUUAUCCCUAUUUGGAUAAGGUGGCAAGUGUCACCUUAUUCUUGACACUUGGCAAGCUUUUGGGCCACUGAAUAAUUUAAUAUUGGCCUAGGCAAAAUGCAAUUAGGAAGAGGUUAACAAGGUCAAACACCAAGUUAAACACCAUUGAUCUGGAUGAGCAUGAAACGAGCUUGAAGACUGUUUUAGGUCGUCCUUGGCUCUACUCCCUUCCAGGAGCAUGGGCAUUAGGAAACCGCCCCCACGCAAUCACAACAUUGUGUAUUCUGUAAAAUGGUACAAAUGUGGUUAAAAUUAUCAUAAACCUUUCAGGCUACAGAGAUGGAAUGUGUUGUUUGAAAUUUUAUAAAGUCAGAAAUGAUAAGCUGGCCAGUUGAUGGAUAGUGUGGGGCUGCUCCAUGUUCCUCAGGUGUCUGUAUGCCAGGAGCACCUCACAAGAUGUAUGACCUGUUUUAGAGCUUUAAAUUAGGGAAGCAUUAAAACAUAAUGGGAUCCAAUCAAUUUUAGUAAUAGGAACUACUUUACUAGUGUCAUUUAACAUAUAUUCAAGGUGGCUCACCAAUUUAGCAUCUGUUGCUAUAUAUACACAUAAAAAGUACCUGCAAGAUAUGUUAUUGCAGAGAAAGAGAAUAUUAACUGAGCUCUUUUUUCAUAACCAUUACAUUAGCACUUUAUUCCCUAGGCUUCGACAUUCAUUAUUCUUCUCUGUGAUUUGCCUUAACUCGUAAGACAAACCAGCAUAUAAGUCAGCCUCCUCUACAGGAUAGCUUUUAAAAGUUGAAAGACUUCUCUGUUAGAGUUUGAAGCGCUUAAAAGGUUAGAUACAUCCUGCUGUUCAUUUGUCAAAUUUCUGCCUCUGCUCAGCAAAUCUUACAGCUCUAUGUGAAAAAUAUAAUCAGUAUCUGAGCCCUCCUAAUCAACUCCACUGCUACAACCCUAAUCCAAACACCAGCUUCUCUACCUGGGUUAUAAGCUUUCACUUUCUGCUAUUGCUUCUCCAUUCAAGCCACUCUCAACCUAGCAGUUGGAUGUCAUAUCUUUUCUCAAAACCCAUGAAUCAUUUUUCAUAUCAUAGUAAAAUCCAACACCUUUUAAUGGUUAACAAGGCUCUGUGUAGUAUAUUAGAUUAUUUUUCAGAAAUAUUCACUCCCUCACCACCAUCCCCACCUCCAUGAAUGGAGUGUACUAUUCUACUUCCUGUCUUCUUGACGCUGUGACCCAUUCAUGGAACGUUAGCAGAUACCAUGCAAACAAAAGGUUGAAAAGUGAGGUUGCCCUCAUAUAUCUCUGCCACUGUCAUAAGAAAAACAUGUCUGAGCUAGCCUGCUGGCCCCAGGACAAGGAAGAGAGACAUGGAACAGAGUUGCUUCACCUGAGCCUAGCUUAGACCAGCCAACCCCAAACCAAACUUCACAUAGAUGUGGGCAAGUCCCACUGAGAUUAGCAGAACAGUCUAAAAUAAGCAUAGCCUGGAGUUGACUCACAGGCCUGAGUUAAGUAAAGGUUUAUUCUGAGAUUCUGUGGUUGUUACACAGCAGAAGCUAACAGGGAGAGCCUAUAAACUAUGAUCCCUAUGAACUAUAUGAAUUUUUCCCACUAGUUUGCCCCCCUCUCUUUUCCAGUCAUAUUGGCCUCUUUGCUGUUUUCCCAUUUACCCAGAUAUACUCCUUCCUCAGUAUAAUUACAUUUACCUAUUACCUCACAUCAAGAUAUCCAAGUUAUCACCUAUGUACCUCCCUGUAUAUCUGUACAAUGUAGUAUUAUGGAUGAAGCUUGAAAAUAUUGUUAAGUGAAGGAAGCCAGUCACAAAGGACCACGUCUUUCUGCCCCUAAAAUGUGAAAGCCUCUUCCCUAUUUGGGAGCUUUGACUAUUCCCUGUCCCUAAAUGCAGUUCCUUGUUUUCUUCACAACUGGUUCCUUCCUGUCAUUCGUAUUUCAGCAGGAACAUCUCCCCGUCGGAGGCCUUCCCUUGAUUGUCUAAAGUAGAUA